UUCUACCGUCAAAGCCAGCAGCUGAUCCUCCAGAAAAUGAUACCCAUCUCAAAAGUGCCUCGUCAAUCAGUGUCCAGCUCUCUGAUGGAGCGUAAGAAGCGAGAUCGUGAAAAAGAGCGUUCAAGACUAUCUGCAAAACGCAAUAUUCCACCGGAUGCAAAAGAGCGUUACGGUGUAAAAUUCCAGACAAAGAUUUGUGAACUGAUGUUAAGCGAUGAUCCGACAGCAUUAGAGCAACUGCAAGCAAUGCACGCUGAAUUGUUAGCCUAUUAUGAAGAGCAUAAUUUGACGGAGAUGUGGCUCUCUGAUGAUGAGAAUGAAGGCAAACAAAUGAAGGCUCCAAUAUCCAAGAAAAUGCAUCACGACGUGAAAGUAAUACAAUUUUUAAAUGGAAUAUUCACCAAUAAUUCAAAUUUCCUUGUUUCAGAACAGAGACCAAUAAGCUUAUCAAGGCUCAAAUCAACAUCAUUAACAUCAUCGUCCGUUGAAGAAAAAGAUAAAUUAAAGAACAAAAAUGUCAAUUCAUUAUCUAUACCGAAUAUUCUGUAUUUUUUUAUAUCGGCCACGUCCACACCAAGCUCAGCGACGACGCCAGUCUCGCAAGGCAGUAGUCAAUCGUCCUCUACAGUAACGUCACAAUCGCAGUCUGCCAUAACCCCAACCCAAAUAACGAUCUCUUCAAUAAUACCACAAAUGGAUCUAAGUGAAGAGUCUGAAGACGAUACCGUCAAAAAGCCGAUUAUUCCAACCAAUAAUAAAACGUUUAAGUUAUGCGAUGUGUGCAGUAACUCGUCGAGUAUGCCUACAAACACUCUGUUAGAGUGUGAGGACUGUGGCAAGGGUAUCCAUCAGAAGUGCAAUCGACCCGAAAUAACUGCCGCACAAGCCAGAGAUCCACGAUUCUUGUUCGUUUGUUGUAACUGUAAGGAUCGCGAUAUUAAGGUUCGUUUCUUUAUUUUUGCUGAGAAAAGUGGUUCGAAUAAUGCAGCAUCUGCAUCGACAAUUCCUUCGACGACAACAAAACCAUCGACUUCGGUCGGCUCAUUGAAGAAGGAAGAUAAAACAACAACAGCGGCAACAAUUCAGAAGCAAACAAACGAUCUGUCAACAGCUUGGGCGACUUUUGCAGCCAAAAAAAAAAAACCGAUCAGCAGUCAAAAUAUCGGCAAUAGCAGUGCUUCAUCAUCGGUCACGUCCACAACCAGCACAACCUUCGGAACGCGUGUUGUGGCAAUGGGAACGUCGAACACAAAAAGCAUUCCGUCAUUUAUUAAUAACAACAAUAAUAAAGAUAAAAAGUGA